AUGCUGCUGAUCGUAUUUCUUUCACUUCUGAUGCUCAGACUGAGUUGUAAGUACACAAAAUGCUUUCUAAAUUACUUUAUUUUCUAUAUUUUGUUUUUUCAUACUUAGUAUUAUUCAGCACAGAGCCCAAAUGAUCCUUUUUUAUACUGACAUUAUUUCUUUAUUUUCUUCAGGUUGUACAGUUGAUGAGCGCUAUGAGACAAAGACAGUCAGUGUUGGAGAUGAUGUGACUUUGGAGUGUCCUCGCGAGACCUCUGAGAUAAAAGCAAAUUUAUUCUGGUUCAGGCUAGUUUCUGGAGAUUUACCUGAAUUUUUGGGAGGAACAUAUAGUUUAAACCAUGGAAGUAUUACCGAUAUCCCUAAUUUCACUGUAAAAAAAAAGCCUGAAACAUUUGUCCUGAUCAUCAACAAAACAGAGCUCAGCGAUACUGGACUUUACUUUUGUGUAAAACAAGACCUACUUGAAGUCAGGCUUUUAAAGGGAACAUUUCUAACAAUGAAAGGUAAAUAAAAUACACUGGGCAUUAAAAAAAUAAAAUAAAAUGUUAUCAAACCUAUCAGAAGUUUCAGUGUUCCUCGUGAAAAUAGAAAUGAGAGUUGGAAUUUAAUUUUUUUUAUUAAUCCAUUAAAAACAUUCAAUUUCUGUCUUAAAUUUAUGAGGACCAGGACCCGAUAUCACUGCAAUCAUUCAAGACAUUCCACCUGAUCCAGAAGACUCAAAGACUCUGCAGUGUUCAGUCCUCCGUGACAAGAGCAGUAACACCUGUCCAGAUAAACCCAGAGUGUUCUGGUUCAGAACUGGAUCAGAUGAUUCCCGUCCCAGUGUCAUUUACACUCAAGGAAACAAAAGUGAUGGAUGUGAGGAGAGUCCAGAGACUCCCUCUCUGCAGAGAUGUGUCUACAGCUUUUCUAAGACCGUCAGCUCCUCUGAUGAUGGGACUUAUUACUGUGCUGUGGUCGCAUGUGGAGAGAUACUGUUUGGAAAUGGAGCAAAGCUCACCUCUGAGGGUAAGUCCGUUGGGUUGAUGUCUUAUAAAACAAUCAUGUCACAUCUCUUAUCAUUAACAUCUUUCAAUAAUAACAGUUGUUUCUUUGUAUUUGCUCUGCAUAUUAUUUUCAGCGUGGAACAACACAGCUCUGUUUGUUCUCUCAGCUGCUUUGGUUAUAUGUCUGAUCGUUAUUGUCUCCCUGAUUUAUACCAUCAAGACAAAAUCUUUUUGUAAAGGUAAUAAAACAUUCAUCCACCAACAUCAAUCAAACAGUUUACAUUACAGCUCCAUUCAAAUUAAUCAACCACAUCUCUGUUCCUACUUUACGUUACAGCUGUUGUUCCUGAUCAGCAAAUUCAGCAGGUAAGACAGAGAAAAAACAACCCUAGAGAAGUUUAAGCAAUCAUUUUCUUUCUUCUUUCUAUGUCAAUAAUUUCCUUAAAUUUUUAUAGUGAAUAUCUUCAGAGAGGCGAAGACUCUUUGGUUUAUGCAGCACCAAAGUUUUCUAAGAGGAAACCCAACAAAGAAAGGAGAAGAAAUGCAAAACCAGCAGAGGAGGACACCAUCUACACUGAUGUCAGGAAGGUUGAGAAAAACUAACAACAAGCUUUCAUGGGUAAUAUUCCAUUUCUUAAAAAUGUCUUAUUUUUUUACACUGUAUUUUCUUUUACCUGUUUACAGUAACUGUUGAGUUACUGCUAUUUUCCAGUUAUUGAAAAUGAUUUAUUCAAACCGUUUUUUCCUAAUUAGAACUUAAGCAUUGCCAAAUAACUAACUGCACUCAUGCAUAAUAUCUGUUUCCUUUGCUGAUGCCAGUUUCUGAGUCUCAUCCUGCAUUAUAUUCAGCUUAUUAUAUCGAGGGCUGUUAUAUUUGAUGUUAUUUCUAAUGUUUGUGAAAUAUAACGUGCAAAUUUGUCUGUAAAACUAGAUUUUUUCUGUGAUAUGUCUCGUGGACUGUCCCAUGAGGUGUCCUGUAAAGUUUAUAUGGUAAGCUUUACAUAUACAUUUUAUUGCAUUUAAAUACUUAAAUGGUCUAUGUAACUACAUCAGGAAAAACUCUGUAUAUAUUGAGGAAAUACUGCUUAAUUUUUGACUGGUUUUUGAUGUGUGUAAAUCAUGAAGGGACAGUCGGUCACUUCCCUCUUCUUGGUCAAUUGCAUGCCGAGAGACGCAGAAAAGUGGCACAAAUUAAAGAACAGAGAAAACAGAUAAACUCUGCUAAUUAUAUAUUUGUUUUACUAUGUUUCAAAAGCAAACCCAUUGUCAUUAUCUCUUUUAAUAUCUGAGUAAACCAUUUCAUGGUCUGUGUGUGUCUGUGUGUGUGUGUGUGUGGUCUGCAUUAUUAGUUCAAAUUCUUUAUGACAGUAUUCAUUUCCUGUAACAAUUCACAUUUUUAUACGAUGAAUACCUCUCAAAAAGAAAAGUAUGUGUAGGACAUUUAGCUAAAUUCAAGAUUCCUGCUUUUUUACUGUCAAUGUAUGAGAGUACAUAUUGAGGAACUGAAAAGGAUGUUUCUUUCCAACUCACAGUACAAAAAUACAGAAAAUAGAGUAAAAGUACAAAAAAAUACCAUAGAUAAAAAGUAUAAUACAGUACAAGUGGUAUAUGUGUUCACAUCUACCCUCAUCCCUACUUUGCCAAGACUUUGCACAAAGGAACAAGGCACCAAAACUAAGACAGAAGACUGCAAUCUUCAGGCCUUCAAGCAGGCAAAACAGUUCAGUCAGCGCAAAAAUAAAUGUGGAUAGUGUUACACACACUGGUUAAUUCUACAUGUGACUCUGUUUGAGUUUUAUAUAAGCUAGUUCUGCUAACAUCUGCGGCUAAAUGAAUGGGGUUUGCUAAAGUGUGACAACAACUGCAGCUAACAAAGCUAACAUUAGCAUGAGCCCUAGCAUUAGCAAUCUGCGCUAGUAAGAAGGGGUACCUUCUUAAUUGUUUGUCAAACCUUGAUACAACAGGGAUAGUCCUCGGUCCUCGGUCCUCUUCAAUGAGAGGAAGGUCGUUGCAGGAGGUCCUACUGUGGUUUUCAGAUACUUUUAAAGAUUUGUUUGUUUCCAAACUUUUUAGUGGUUGGUCCUUGUUUAAAAGGAAGUUUUGUACACCGUCAAGCUGUGUUAUAGACAUAGACAGGAAAUAGAGUUCACUGGCCAAACUCGCCCUUCACAAUAAAAGCUCAUUAAACCUGGGUUUUAUUCAUCUUUUCUUGCUAUAAUAAAUGGGUGAUGGUGAUGAAUGACUAAAUCUGUUUAACAGACAAACUCUCACACUGUAAACUGUGGUUCAGGCCUAAAAGAGCAAACCAGCGACCAUCAAAGACCUUCCCUCUCUGUCAACAACAACAGGCAAGUCUGAGUGCAUACUGUAAGUGUGUGCAACGGAGAGAGAGAGAGAGAGAGAGAGAGAAAGAGAGAGAGAGAGAGAGUGAAAAAGAGAGUUAAAGAAACACAAAGUCGAUCAGUAAGAGAAAGUACGUCCACCAAGACCUUUGUUUGAAACCACGUGUGGCAGUUCCUUGUUGAGUCCACCAUGUCCAUGUGUUGUUUAAGUUUUUAAGUGUGCAUGUGGUCAACUAUUUGACCACACACAUGAACACACGCACAUGCACAGACGUAUGCACAAGCACACCAAACAACCAAACCAUGCAUGGAAACUUCAGUGCUGCUGUUGUGGUUUGGCCUCACACACUGAGGUGAGAAAACAGAGCUAUUUUCUAAUUUGACACUCUCUGAAUCCCAAGAAGUUAAACUUCACUUUUGUUUUACUUUUUUAAAAUACAAAAAGACUGAGUUAUUUAUAGAAAGAAGAAACGCAACACCUUACAUGUGUGCAUAUAAGGUGCUAUGUGUUGUGUUUUAUCAUGCUUUUUUGCAUGUUUGUGCUCCUGAACGUCAAUGCU